UCAGUCUACAUUUUGCCCUGGCCUGUGUUCUCUCCCUGUAUCGUCUCAAGGGAAGCGCGGAGUUGGAUUGAGAAUGGCGGAAGAAGCAAUCCUCAGUUACCUGGAAAAGGGCGAAGUAAUUUCAGAUUCUGGUGUCUUUGCUUCUGAACGUGGAAUUGACCACAAUGAGAUCGUCAAUGUCAUCAAGAGCCUCCACGGUUUUAGAUAUGUCGAUGCUGAGGACAUUAAGAGGGAGGCAUGGGUGCUAACAGACGAGGGGAAGACAUAUGCUGCGGCAGGAUCACCCGAAGUGCAAUUGUUCUUGGCAAUACCGCCAGAAGGCAUCUCUAAAGAGGAGCUUCAGAAAAAGCUAGACCCCUCUGCCUUCAAAAUAGGCUGUGCUCAGGCUGCAAAGAAUAAAUGGGUGGAGUUAGGGAAACAACUUAUAUCCCGGAAGGUCCAACAUGUGGAAGAUAGAGUUAAAGAUUGGCUCCUUAAAAUACAAGAGGGACAGGUUAUUGGUUCAGAUGAUAUUAAGGCCCUUAAAGCGCGAAAGCUUAUUGUUCCACAGACAUGGAAGGGCUACUCAGUGAAAAAAGGCCCUAACUAUGCUCCAAGAAGAAAGAAAGUUGUCACCGAUCUAACUCGAGAAAAUCUCCAGAGUGGAGAGUGGAAGGAAUUAGAGUUCAAAGAGUACAACUAUAGUGCUAAAGGUCAGCCACUUGAGGGUGGUUAUCUUCAUCCACUACUGAAGGUGCGUCAUCAACUAAAACAAAUUUUCCUCUGCAUGGGGUUUGAGGAGAUGCCAACCAACAAUUUUGUUGAAAGCAGCUUCUGGAACUUUGAUGUGUUGUUCCAGCCCCAACAACACCCAGCUCGUGAUUCUCAUGACACAUUUUUUUUGUCAGCUCCUUCAACGGCAAAGGAUCUGCCAGAAGAUUAUGUUAAGAGAGUGAAGGAUGUUCAUGAAGUUGGUGGUUAUGGAUCUAGGGGAUAUGCUUAUGAUUGGAAAAGAGAGGAGGCAAACAAAAACAUCCUUCGAACACACACAACUGCUGUUUCCUCUAGGAUGCUUUACCAGCUGGCACAGAAACCAUUUGCUCCAAAAAAAUAUUUCUCUAUAGAUCGUGUAUUUAGAAAUGAAGCAGUUGAUCGAACUCAUCUUGCUGAAUUUCACCAAAUCGAAGGUCUUGUAUGUGAUCGGGGACUCACACUUCGUGACUUGAUUGGAGUUUUGCACGAUUUCUUCUCGCGCAUGGGUAUGACUAAGCUGAAGUUCAAGCCUGCUUACAAUCCAUACACUGAACCUAGCAUGGAGAUUUUCAGUUAUCAUGAAGGCCUUAAAAAAUGGUUUGAGGUUGGAAACUCUGGCGUGUUCAGACCUGAGAUGCUGCGUCCUAUGGGACUUCCUGAAGAUGUUCAGGUUAUCGCUUGGGGUCUUUCCCUUGAAAGACCAACAAUGAUACUAUACGGAAUAGAUAAUAUCAGGGAUCUCUUUGGACACAAGGUGGAUCUUGGCCUCAUUAAGAGAAAUCCAAUCUGCCGCCUUGGAAUUGAGUAAACUCAGCAGUUUCAUCUGUUGCACUUUUGCAGGUAAGAAAUUUUCUCAGAUGACUCCUGCCCGUUUGUAUUAUUGUAUUAUUGUAAUAACAUUUGAUCGAGACACUCUAAUUUAUUGUAAUAGCAUUAUAGUUUUUACUUGUAUAAGCAUUUGGGGUUACCUGCACUUGAUGUUUUAUUAUUAUGAAUUGGAUGUCAAAUUACAGAUACAAAAUAAUGGCGUGUAAAACCAACUAUUCUUUGCAAGGUAUAAUUGAGUUAUUAAUUCAUUCUUCA